UCCGUCAGGGUGAUAUGGGAACAAACUGGUACGCGGUGCUGACGGGUUCGCUCGAUGUACAGGUGUCAGAAACAGGUACGGGCCAGUACUAUGCCCUGUCGGACAACAUCGUGAUCUGCACGCUGGGGGUGGGGACGGCGUUCGGAGAGUCGAUCCUGAAUGACAUCCCCAGGCACGCGACCGUGGUGACCGGAGAGUUCUGCGAACUGCUCAGGAUAGAACAGAAAGACUUCAAGACAAUAUGGGAUAGUGGAACAUAG